AUGAGCAACGGCUGGAGUGCGUGCCUGCAGACGCUCGAGGGCCAUAGCGGUAGUGUUUGGUCGGUGGCCUUCUCGCACGACUCGACCUGGCUAGCAUCAGCAUCAGCCGACAGCACUGUCAAGAUCUGGGACACAAGCAGCGGGACGUGUAUGCACACGCUCGAGGGCCAUCGCGGUUAUGUUUGGUCGGUGGCCUUUUCACACGACUCGACCUGGCUAGCAUCAGCGUCAGCCGACAGCACUAUCAAGAUCUGGGACACAAGCAGCGGGACGUGUGUGCACACGCUCGAGGGCCAUAGCAGUUUAGUUAGAUCGGUGGCCUUUUCGCACGACUCGACCUGGCUAGCGUCAGCGUCAGACGACAGCACUGUCAAGAUCUGGGACGCGAGCAACGGCCGGAGUGCGUGCCUACAGACGCUCAAGAGCCACAGCAGUUUAGUUAGGUCGGUGGCCUUCUCGCAGGACUCGACCCGACUAGCGUCAGC